AUGACGACGCCGUGCCUUCUGCUCCGCGACCUGGACAUCAUUAAGCAUGUCUUCAUCAAAGAUUUCGACUUUUUCUCCGACCGUGGAGUCUCCGUGAGCGAUAAGGGCUUGGGCAACAACUUGUUCCAUUCGGACAACGACAAAUGGCAAGUGUUAAGGAAACGCUUUACACCGAUAUUCACCUCAGCUAAAUUGAAGCAUAUGUUACCCCUGCUAGAAGAACUUGCUGAUAAAUUUAUUACCCAUCUCGAAGACGAGUGUAUGAAGAAAAGCGAGUAUGACGUGCAUUUAUUGUUUCAAAGGUAUACGAUGGCAACAAUCUCGGCUUGCGCGUUCGGCUUAGAGAUUGAUACGUUAAGUGACAAAAUGGACUUCUUCGUGAAAUUGCACAAUGUCAUAACCACUCCUUCGUUGGUGGACGAGUUUGACAUGAUGUUUCCGGGAGUACUAAAAAAGUUAAACCUAGAGAUAUUCCCAAAGGAGAUGUCGCAGUUUUUUAAGCAGCUUGUUUCAACUGUUAUCGAACAGAGAAAUGGUGUACCAUCGAAGAGAAAUGAUCUAAUGGAUUUGAUUCUGGAACUGAGACAGCAAGGCGAAGUGCACGGUACUAAGAGGAACGAUGACAAAUCACAAAUAGUGGUUGAACUGACAGACGAAGUUAUCGCUGCACAGGCAGUGGUAUUUUACAUAGGUGGAUACGAAACCAGUGCUAGUACAAUAGCCUUCAUGUUAUACGAGUUGGCGAAGAACCAAGAUAUUCAGAACAAAGUGAUAGCUGAAGUGGACGAAGUGCUCAAGAAACACGAAGGCAUGGUUACAUUCGAGACACUCAAUGAUUUGCCUUACAUGGAAAAUGCUUUCACUGAAACCUUACGCCUGUAUCCCAUUGUGGAGCCUUUGCAGAGAAGGGCACAAAUGGACUACAAAUUGCCUGGCACUGACAUCACCGUGAAGAAAGAUCAGAUUGUAUUAAUAUCAGGUUUGGGAAUUCAUCGUGACGAGAAGUACUAUCCUAACCCGGAUAAAUUUGAUCCCGAAAGAUUCAAUGACGAAAACUCUUGUGGCAGGCACACCUGCGCUUACUUGCCAUUUGGAGUUGGACCGAGAAACUGUAUAGGUAUGCGUUUUGGAAAGAUACAGUCUCGUAUGAGUUUGGUGAAGUUCUUCGCCAAGUUUCGAGUGGAGCCGUCUAGUAAAACCUUACCUGCGGUGAGAUAUGUCCCCAAACGGUUUGUGCUCACCGCUGAAGGAGGAUUUCAUUUGAACAUUGUUCCAAGGAAGCUU